AUGAAGCAAUCCACCAUCAUCUCUGGGCUUUCAAUGGCCAUAGUGGCUUCGGCACUGCCCGCAGACAUUGGUCUACCAUUGUGUGUUGGCGUCGGGGCGAGUAUUGGAGUAGGCAUUGGCGGCGGCACCGCUACAAACAACCUUCCAAUUCCUACCGGAAUCCCAAUAGGAAGCGUCAUUGGGAGUGUCGAGGUUCCUGUCCGAAGCGUUGAUCCAAUUCCGGUCCCCAGCAUAGGCCCGAUUGUGAGCGCGAUCGAAAACAUCAUUGGGGGCACCAUCCCAGUCCCCAGCGCCAACCCAGCCGGCAGUGUGAUCGGAGGUGUCGGCCCAAUUGUGACUGCCAACCCGAUUGGCGGCAUUGUUUCAAGCAUUCUUGGAGGUACUGUUCCUGCUCCUACCGGAAUUCCUAUUGGGAGUGUGAUUGGAAGCAUUCCCAGCGCAGUCAUAAAUCCCAUUGGAGGCAUCGUUUCAAGCGUUCUCGGAGGUGCAAACCCUAACCCAACUGCAAACCCUAUUGGGAGCGCGAUUGGAAGCAUUCCCAGCGCAGUCAUCAAUCCUAUUGAAGGCAUCGUUUCAAGCGUUCUAGGAGGUGCAAACCCCAACCCUACUGCGAAUCCCAUCGGGAGCGCGAUUGGAAGUAUUCCCAGCGCAGUCAUCAAUCCUAUUGGAGGCAUCGUUUCAAGCGUUCUAGGAGGUGCAAACCCCAACCCUACUGCGAAUCCCAUUGGGAGUGUGAUUGGAAACAUUCCCAGCGCGAUCGUAAGUGCAGUGAAUAGCGCAGUCGCACCCAUCGAAACUGGUCUUAGUAACCUCCCUGGCACGAUUGGCGGAGGCAGCAAUGAAUGCCUCAAUGUGCCUCCUGUUGGAAGCAUCGUUCCAGGGAUUGUAAAUCCUAUUGCAAGCGUCGUUGGGGGUGUUGUCAAUCCGGUCGCAAGUAUCGUUCCAGGAGUUGUAAACCCUAUUGCAAGCGUCGUUGGGGGUGUUGUCAAUCCGGUCGCAAGUAUCGUUCCAGAAGUUGUAAACCCUAUUGCAAGCGUCGUUGGGGGUGUUGUAAAUCCGGUCGCAAGUAUCGUUCCAGGAGUUUUAAACCCUAUUGCAAGCGUCGUUGGGGGUGUUGUAAACCCUAUUGCAAGCGCUCUCCUCCCUGGUAGCGGAAAUCCAGCCCCUCCCUCCACAACCCUCCUCACUGUCGCCGUUCCCAACACGACUCCCAGUGCCAGCGCCGGCCAAAAGCAGUUAUGCUGUGACGGACUCAACAUUGCCAACCUUCUCUGCCUUGUUCAGCCGCUGGGAGGUCUUUGUGUCGGAACGAAGAAGUCUUGCACGACCAAUGCUGCAACUGGCGCUUUGAUCAACAUCUCGGCUCUUAACUGUGUCAAUAUUUUGUAA